GCGCUGAGGCUGGAGCCCUGAAUCGGACUCCAGAGACCAAUCCCACCGGUGGUGCCCUCGCUUCUCUCCCUCCUCCGAGCUCUCCGGCCAUCCACCUGUGACCUCCUCUAUGUACAAAAUGGAUUACUCUUACCUCAACUCCUACGACUCCUGCAUGGCCGCCAUGGAAGCCUCUGCCUACGCGGACUUCAGCUCCUGCAGCCAGGCAAACACUUUCCAGUACAACCCCAUCAGGACCAGUUUUGGGACCAACCCUGGCUGCCCGCCGCUCAGCACAGCCAACUGCACCUUGGGGGCCCUGAGAGACCACCAGCCUUCGCCUUACUCCACAGUUCCCUACAAGUUCUUCUCGGACCCCUCGGGCAUCAACGAGAAGAGAAAGCAGAGAAGGAUCCGGACCACGUUCACCAGCUCCCAGCUGAAGGAGCUGGAGAGGGUCUUUGCGGAGACCCACUAUCCAGACAUCUACACCCGGGAGGAGCUGGCGCUGAAGAUCGACCUCACUGAAGCCAGGGUCCAGGUUUGGUUCCAGAACCGACGCGCCAAGUUCCGCAAGCAAGAACGGGCAGCAAAUGCCAAGGGGGUGAAUGGCGGCUCCUCGGCCAACAAGAAAUCUGACCCGCGCUCCUCUUCGGAAGACGACGAGUCCAAGGAGUCCAACUGCAGCCCCACCCCGGACAGCACCGCGUCGCUGCCCACCACGGGUAGCCUCAACAGCCCCGGGAGUAGCCUGAGCCCCAGCCCAGGCACGGGUCAGGGCCUCGGACCCAGCCACGCCGCCCAGUCCUUAAAGGCUCCCAUCUGGCCAGGGGUCAGCACCAGCAACGGUGCCACCAACACGGCGGAGCUCCUGAAGGCGUGGCAGCCGGCCGAGGCCAUGCCAGGACCUUUCUCCGGCGUCCUCUCCUCCUUCCACAGGAAGCCCAACGCCCUCAAGACAAACCUGUUCUAAUGACCGGGAACGGACCGCGCCAAACAAACAUUGCCAACUCCUUCGUGUGCCAUUGUGUGCGACAUCAAAUAUCUCCCCCCCUCCACCCCCUUCCCUAGCUAGUAGUCUCCAAGGUUCCUCUCUCUGUCCACAGAGCUGGGUAGACCCCCACAGGCCUCCGGGAAGGCCCAGAUUCUCCCAGGCUGGAGGGAAGUACUGAAACAGACACCCGGCGGAGCCAUGCCUGCAGCCCACCAUCUCGUCCGUGCUUCUAGCAGUACCCGAGAGGACAAAUGAUGCACCCCCCGCACUGAACUGCCCCUCACCCCGCACAUCCCUAGGGAGGUCGACCUCGCCCAGCCGUGAGGCCGGCUUAGUGACUACCAAGCAGCUUCCCUCGGAGUGGGGACCAGGGCGGCCGGCCAGGCACUCACCUCCGGUAGAACAGCCGUCUGGUGGAUCAGGUACUGGGGAAGCUCUUCCCCACCUCCCCCCCAACGUGCACAGGGCUCUGGGUGAGAAACAUCACCUUCUGCUGCCACCACUGUUCUCCUAGGGUGCUUAGAUCGCAGUGGAAGAGUGGUCUCCUUUUUGAGCUCCUGGGAUACCAGGGUCCCCUGGGUGUGCAGUGGUCUCCGGACCAGGCCAGGCUUUGCCUCAUUUUAAAUGUCUGUACAGACGUAGCUAUAUCUAGGGAGGGGGAGUACUCCAACAGCCAGCAGCCCAGGGAAGAGGGGGCGUGGAGAGCAGCUAAUCCUUCUGCUGAGAAGCAAGGAGCCUUCCCCAGUGUGCCACUGAGCCGUUAGCCACGGGCAGGGCAGGCGUGGGAGGGCAUUUCGUGGCCCUGUUUGGCCAGAGGCCUAUGCUAGCCAUCUCUUGGGUAAGAUGCAGUCAGGGACAGAGCAGAGAGAGCGUUUCUUCAGCUUCCCAUGACCCCUUAGGAACCAAGGAAGGGGUGUAACGGCCCUGCGUAAUCCCGGGGAUGCAGGUGGGUGUAGUGGAAAGCUGUGAUUGGACAGUCCCUGGUCAGAAAUAGGCAGU